AGUUUUCCUCUCUAGAUCAGCAAAGCACACACACACACACAGACAAUUACAUGUCUACAAAUGAGAGCUAAAAGAGCAUCAUAGCACCACAAAAAUUGACAAAGAAAAACAACAGCCAUAGCCAUGGCUCAAACUCUUCUUCAUCCUCUGAUCAGCCCUCCCAAUCUCAAACUCUUCUCUUCAUGUAAGUCUCGGCCCCAGUCCCCCAUCGUAUCGAUUCGUAAACUCCAGUCAUUAGUAUUACAAGCAUCAAAAGAUGAUGCGGAAGUUAGGAACUCUGAUGUUUUAUCUUCAUCCAAUCCUCUCCUCUCUCUCAUUAAUGCACCCUCUUGGGUAACAUGGCUAACAAGUGCUUCUGUUGUUCUAUCAAUACCAUUCUACAGAAGAAUAAGAAAAGCACAAGAUCAAGUAGAGGUUAUGGUGGAUAAGGUGGCAGAUGAAAUGGAGAAUGUGGCUGAGAAGGUGGAGAAAAUAUCUGCUGAUAUGGCUGAGGCAUUGCCUGAGGGAACAUUGAAAGAAAUGGUUUUGAAUGUAGAGAAAACAGCCGUUGCUGUAGAGGAGGGUGCUAAAAAGACUCAUAUUUUAAUUGAAAAGUUGGAUAAAAUUGAGGCUGAAGUAGAUGAACUGGUUGAUCCUUUGGCAAAAGGAGAAGCUACAUGAAAGGAAGAGAUCAGGGAAAGCAGGAGAGUUGGAUUGAAGGACAUAAAUGAAACAUUAAUUGAUGGUGUUUGGUCUUUGGUGAUUGUGAGCACAAGUGGUUGAAAUAUUUGUGAUUCUUUGGUGGAUGCCCAAAAACUUUAGCUCUCUUAAUUAUGUGAACUUAUUUUCAUUGUCCUUUUUGCAAUGUGAUCAAAUUUCUCUAUUUUAUAUGGAUUUAUAAUUGAAGUUUUUUGAGUCUGAUUA